CGCGCCUCCCUCCGUGUGCGGAGCGGAGCUGGAGCUCGACAUGGCGGCGGAUCCGCGGCCGGACUGGUUCUCCUGCCUGCCCCCCUGCUGGAGUUACGGCGUGACCCGGGACGGACGCACCUUCUUUAUCAAUGAAGAAGCCAAGAGCACGACCUGGCUGCACCCCCUGGCCGGAGAGGCGGUGGUCACGGGCCACAGGAAGACCCCAGAUUUACCCACCGGAUGGGAGGAGGGAUACACGUUCGAGGGGGCGCGUUGCUUCAUCAACCACAAUGAGAGGAAGGUGAUGUGUAAACACCCGGUGUCAGGCGCCCCGUCUCAGGACAACUGCAUCUUUGUGGUGAACGAACAAGUGACUUGUGGAAAGUUUGUUCACCCCGACAGAGAAUCCCUCACCAGGCCGGCUCAGAAGCCUCCAUCAGAAUCAGCAAGCGACACUGAUAAGAAGGAACGGCCCCUGAGCACCAUGAGCGAGGCCUCCAACUACACUGGGGGCUCUGACUACAGCACCUUUCCUGGCAGCCCCACCACCCCCGUCACCACGCCCACCACCACCUCAACCUCAUCCACACGGCCUUCCAGGUCGUCCAACAAGAUCCACAACUUUGGAAAAAGGUCCAACUCCAUCAGGAGGAACCUGAAUGCCCCGGUGGUGAGGAGCAGCUGGCUCUACAAGCAGGACAGCACCGGGAUGAAGCUGUGGAAGAAGAGGUGGUUCGUUCUGUCCGACAUGUGUCUCUUCUACUAUCGAGAUGAGAAGGAGGACAGCAUCCUGGGGAGCAUCCUGCUUCCCAGCUUCCACAUCUCCAUGCUCUCCGUGGACGACCACAUCAGCAGGAAGUACGCCUUCAAGGCCACCCACCCCAACAUGCGGACCUACUACUUCUGCACAGACUCGGCCAAAGACAUGGAGACGUGGAUGAAGGUCAUGACGGACGCCGCCCUGGUCCAUUCAGAGCCAAUCAGAAGAACAGACAAGUUGAAGGUGGACCAGCGGACGCCUCAGGAGCUGAACAACCUGCUGAACCACAGAGUUCUAACACGACCUGAGAUCCAGAACAACGAACGCAACCGGGAACCAGUUCGACAGCGCUCGCUGUCCCGAGCCGACGAAAAGCGGCUGAAAGACGAGGAGAAGCUCAACAUCCAGCGGGAAUACUACACCUUACAGAGGGACGGAGAACGGUACUCCGUCAGAAAAGAUGGAGUCAACUACAUGCUUCAGACGGACGGAGAGAAGUUCCUCCUCCACAAGGACGGAGAGAAGUUCCUGCUCCGGAAGGACGGGGAGAAAUACCUGCUGCAGAAAGACGGUGACGUGAAUGCCGUUCACAGAGACGUGGAGAAGUACGCGGUUCAGAAAGUGGACAACAAGUAUGCUGUGAUGCUGACGGAGGAGAAGUACGCUCCCUCCAAAGACGUGGAGAAGUAUCUCCUCACCAAGGAGGGAGAGAGGUUCGCUGUGCAGAGAGUUGGGCAGAAAGACGGGCAGAGACCGGUCCCUCAAAGGGAGGUGAGGAGGCAGCUGUCGCUGAGGGAGACGGAGAGGACGGAGAGGUACGGCACCCUGAAGGAAGGGAGCGGCAGGUACGGAACCAUCCAGGUGGUGGACCGGUACGGCACCCUGAAGGAGGUGAGGAAGUACGCAACGCUGCGAGAGGGUGACAGGUAUGCCGCCAGGGCGGAUGUAGACAAGUUCUCCACCUUCCGAAACCCCAGUGUCGAGAGAAAACCGAGUUUAGACCUGAACUUAGACAGGAACCCCAACCCGGAGCGGACUUUGACCAAAAUCAGCAGCAUUAAGCUGCAGCCGGCUCAGGCCGCUGCCAUUGCAGCCGCCGUGUCCGCCUCACGCCAGAACCAGACCGGGAUCUGCACUCAGAGACCCGCACAGACCGGGAACUUGGACCUGCAUGGGAAGUGCAGCCAGACCAAGCCGGAAGAGAUCCGGAUCAAGGCUCCGGUCCAGGAGCCGGACAGCAGUCUGUGCAGAACCGGCUCUUUUCAGCAGCUGGAGCAGUGGACGCGCAUCCAGCGGACCAGAGGCCUGGACGAGGACACGAGGAGCGUUGUGUCCUACCAGACCCUCCCCAGAAACAUGCCCAGCCACCGGCCACAGAUCACGCCCCGCUACCCCGAGGGCUACCGGACGCUGCCGCGCAACAGCGUGAUGAGGCCCGACAGCAUCUGCAGCGUGGCGGGCUCCGUGUACGAGCGGGCCCUACGGCCGGCCUCCACCAGCGCCGUCCCCGGCACCGCCGACAAGAGGAGGUCCAUGAGGGACGACACCAUGUGGCAGCUGUACGAGUGGCAGCAGAGGCAGGCCUUCUCCAGGCACAGCCUGGCCCCGCCUUCAGGUGUAGGUCAUUAUGGAACCCUCCCCAACACCAAGACCAUGGGCACCCUGUCCGAACACGCCGUCACACACUCCAUCCCCCCCUCGCCCUCCCACGGCUCCAUGGCCCUGUACAGCACCUUCUCCCCUCCCCACCAGCAGGGGGCGCCCAACCCCAGCUCGCAGUCCGAAGUGUCCUCGCCCGUCCUCAGAGCGGACUCAACGCUGGACCGUAGGCACCGGACACACGUCGCCAAGUAUGGAUACCCACCCGAGCGCCGCUCCAUCACAGCCACCAGCCCUCCUCAGGCCAUCACCGCUCAGUCCCUGCAGGGCAAGACGCCCGAGGAGCUGACGCUGCUGCUAAUCAAGCUCCGCCGGCAGCAGGCGGAGCUCAACAGCCUGCGGGAGCACACGGUAGCUCAGCUGAUGGCCCUGGGCAUGGAGGGGCCCAACGCCAAGACCGACGUUCUCUCCCAUCACCUCCAGAGGAACCUCAUUUACCUGGACAGCCAGACGAAGGACAACGAACCUCUCAUCUUCAUGAUCCACACCAUGAUUGAGAACUCGGCACCGCGGCCACAGCUUUACCAGCAAGUCAGUCCGGACGACUUCAAGGACGAUGCCGUCGUCCAGCGAACGGAGGACAUCGACAUCGAUACCAAGCUGAGUCGCCUGUGUGAACAGGACAAGACAGUGAGGAUGCAGGAGGACAAACUGCAGCAGCUGCACAGAGAGAAGCACACCCUGGAGACGGCGCUGCUGUCGGCCAGUCAGGAGCUCAGCGAGCAGGGCAGUGACAUGGCAGCCAAUCAGAGUCUGCUCCAGCAGAGAGACGUGCUGCAGAGCGGCUUACUGAGCACAUGCAGAGAGCUGUCCAGAGUCAGCACGGAGCUGCAGCAGUCCUGGACAGACUACGAGCGGUUGGAGGGUGACGUCACUCUGGCAAAGAGCAACCUGCUGGAGCAGCUGGAAGCUCUGGGGAGCCCUCAGACAGAACCUCCGAGCCAGCGGCACAUCCAGAUCCAGAAGGAGCUGUGGAGGAUCCAGGAUGUGAUGGAGGCUCUGUCGAAAACCAGACCCCAGCGCAGCUCAGACAACGGUGUUCCUGGUUCCAAACCUCCGUCCAGUGAGAACCAGGACGAGAAUACAGACUACCGGCUGUACAAGAGUGAACCUGAGCUGACCACGGUGAAGGAGGAGGGGGACGAGGCCACCAACGAGGACAAGGACAGGACUGAGGCGUCCGCUGAGAGUAAAGACGUCUCCAAAGUUCCUCCCUACCCGGUGGGCAUCGUCCCCCCAAGGACCAAGUCCCCCAUGAAUCCUCCGGAGUCCUGCACCAUCGCCUCCUACGUCACGCUGAGGAAGCCUAAGAAGCCCGAGUGCAGAUCGGACCGGCCCAGGAGCGCCGUGGACCAGACCGGGUUCGUGGAGCGAGAGGUCGGCAGAGCCAGGAUGAGUGUGGAGGAGCAGCUGGAGAGGAUGAGGAGGAACCAGGAAGCCACACUGCUCCGCGAGAAGAAGAGGGAGACGCCGUCAAGAUCACAGUCCUUCAACAGAGAAUACCUGCCGCUGAUGUCACAGGAGACACUGAGGUUGGAGGAGGUGAAGAAUACUGACGUCCAGCUGGAGAAAGACGAAACGCAGAAUGACCCCGACAGCCCAGACCAGCCGUGUGAGAGCCGGCGAGAGACGGCGGUGAUUCUGGACCUCGGUUCGCAGCCACAGCAGGUGGAGAUCGUCGACUUUCAGCCCUUUGAGGGCGACGAAGAAGAACAAGACGUGGCCAGCUCCCCGACAAACCCCCCCACAGAAAACAGUUUGCAGUCUCCGAGUCCUGAAACGACAGAGGAGGAGACGAACGCCGGCCCACCAACGGGUGGACAGAAGCUGGAGAACAGUCUGGACUCAUACACACAGAAACACAACAACAUGCUGCCUUCUCAGACCUUCACCCUGGUGACCAGCGACACAUGAGCGGCGUCAGCCUCGGCGUCCACGCCGCCGUCCCGCAGAGCCCCGACGUAGCGCCUGCACGGAGCUCCAUGAACGCUCCAUGAACGCUCCAUGAACCAUCCUGGCCCAGCCCGGCCCAGGACCGGACGCAUCUUCAAGUCAUUCUAGACCCGUCACAGAUGCAGUUGUGUGGAGUCUCAUUUCCCCGAGAAACGUGUCCUGAAGACACUGAGGAUGUUGUAAAUGGUUUUAACUGACAGUCUCAUGUUAACCACAAGAAGCUAACAAUUACAAAUGCUUUUCCUGGUUUCUGUGGAAGAUAACUCCAGAGCCGACCGGUGUCCAGAGACGUGUGACUCAACAUGCCGUAAACCGUAGCUGCUUAACCUGCUCAGCUGUCAAUCAAACGGUGUUAGCAAGCUCAUGUUUUGCAUAUCUGUUAGCUGUAGAAACACAGGUCACUUAUGGAAGUUGUCCCCUGGUUCUGGAGGAGUUCUGGUCCGUGCUUCCCAAAGCUGCUUCACUUUAUUUUGUACGUUUUUGGACGUUCACAUCUACACAGCUCUCUGAAGGAGCACAGCAUCACAGCAUCACAUCCAGGUUCAGGUCUGGACAUGGACUGGGUUCAGGUCCGGACCAUCAUACCUCCACCUCCGUGCUUGAAAGUGGGUCUGAGCACUGCAAAAACUCAAAA